AUGCCUUCCGUCUCUUUUCUGCUCGUUGAUAUCAAGUAUAUGUUACCCAGCUACGUCGCCGGGUCAGGCUACAAUGAGCAUGACGAGAAUCUGGUGGCCGAUGCAAACAACGACAUUGUGGUGGUAGUCAUCCAGUAUCGACUCGGUAUCUUCGGCUUUUUGUCGGGAAACGAAGUCGUUGAGGGAGGGGGUGCCCUCAACGCUGGUCUACCUCUAAACGUCAAUGGAUCAAGCGUUUGCGUUCAAAUCAGUAAGUUCGGAGGCGACCCUUCCAAGGUCACGAUCUGGGGUGCAUCUGCUGGAGCUGGAUCCGUUCUCCAGCACGUCAUCGCCAAUGGCGGCAAUACACAGCCGCCUCUAUUUCGGGCUGCCAUGACCAGUUCGACGUUCUUACCAUCCCAAUACUACUACAACGAUACGAUACCCGAGACUAUCUACCAGACCGUGGUUAACGGAACGGGGUGCAACACCUCCGCGACACCCUUCGCGUGCCUUCGCAACGUCUCAGCAGACUUACUUGAACAGAUGAACAACUAUACCAACACAAACGCUCUAUAUGGUGUAUUCACGACAGUUCCGAUGGUUGAUGGAAAGCUCAUCGUUGAGCCUCCAAUUAGUACCCUAGUUAGAGGGAAUGUCAACGGAGAAAUAUUGUUGGCUGUAACAAACUCUGAUGAAGGCGCUCUCUUUGUCAACACCAGUGCAUUGUACCCAGCCGCCGACUACAUCCACAACCUGUUCCCUCUUCUUCCUAUGGGUGACGUACAAAAGAUCGCAGAGGCGUAUGCUAAUUACACGAUUGCACCUGGAGAAGUUGUACCUGAGAGUCGCAACGUCACUCAGGCAAUAGGUAUACAUGGGCGAAUGUGGGCCUUCAACAAGGCAGGGAAACGCGCUUGGAAGGGCCUCUUUGCGAUCCCUCCUGGGUACCACGGCGGCGACGUCCCCUACUACUUCACGUCCGUCGGUCCACCAAUUGACAACCCCUCUCUCAUCGCCUCAUUUUCCCAGUCUUUCAUAAGCACCGCCAUCUCGCUCGACCCAAACAACCACCUUGACUCGAGCGAUAUCACACCCCAGUGGAACACGUGGGUAUAA